AUGACAUCUAACAGUGCUCAAAUUAAUGCUUCAAACAACAAUAUGCUAUCUUUACAGGCAAACAAUAGCACAGGAAAUAACUUACAAAUCUCCAAAUUUUUAAAUCAAGUAGCCCCUUAAAACGCUGUCAAUAGCCGCUAGCAUUCUACUAAUAUUGUAGGUUCUUUGACAGAUGGUGGUGUAGUUGGAGCAGCUGGGAGAAUAUUAAAUUAAAAUAGCAAGCAUCGAGCCAACAUUUCGGAUAUUACCAUGAAUUAAGUCACAGGCAAUAAUAAUAAUCACUUAACAGGACAAAACCAAGCAGCUGUGGUAGAUUAUAAUAAUAUUGGAGGUAUAAAUACUAUGAAUUAUGGAGUUAAUCCGAGAUAUGGCAAUAACAGUGCUAUCAAUAAUUAUUCAUCUUCACAUGAUUAAGAUAAAAUUUAGAACGCUAGAGAUUUAUCACCAAGUAGCAAUGAACUUUACAAAUCGAAGUCAAAGUUAAAUAGCAUAGGGCGAAAACCUUAGCAUGUUUCAUAAUCUGCAGGCUUCAAGCAACUGAAGCAUAUAGUAAACAAGUCGUUAGAUUCAACUCAAGCAGCUCAAGACAUGUUAAGAGGCACUAACAUGAAUCCUAUUACUAAUGCGAAUCCAACAAACACAUCUUACAUGAAUGGUUUGAUUUAGCUAAGCACUAGCACAGCAGCCAAUCUAUCUUAGCAAGUCAUCAAACAGCAGUAAAACAUCUCUAUCUCGCCAAAGAACUUCAGUAUCAAACUGAAUAACAUGGCUGGAUCUUCUGCAGCUGCUAAUUAUAAUAGUGCUAACAUUUAAAAUACAACUAAUAGUAUAAUUUCUUAGUUUCAGACCAUUUAAAGUGUUCAGUAGGCAUUGAAUUUGAAGAGGAACUAGACUUUGCAGGGCUAGAAUUCACUUAAUAGAAGAUAGGGUGGAUCUAUAGACACUAAAAAGUAGCAGUUAGUUAGGCCCUCAUCAAAGGCAGGCAGGCUAAAUGACUAUAAUAAUACUACUGCUAAGGGGAAUGAGUAACCUAAUUCAAGAGGAUCUAGAUUUAUAACAUCAAAUAACAAAAGAUUAACAUCCUUAGAUGAAAAUACUAAUGGAACAAUUGAAAAUUCAAGGAACGUUAACUCUUCUUUCCAUGAUUACAACUCCUUAAUAAAUUUGACAACUUAAAAUAACAACAAUAAUCUGAAUCAAUCUGACUCCUCAAAUCCAUAAAAUAACAACAUCAUGAAUACGACUAACACCUCCUUUAAAAGCAAUAACCCAAGGCCUAAGACUUCCAUGGGAUAUUAAAGUUUCCUUGAUAAAUUUAACACUUCUACAACUGCUACUAGCACACUACCGGAGAAUGACUCUAAAGAUUUACCUUCAAAUCUCCAAGAGGAGUUGGAAAAUAUAACCCUCUCAAAAAAAGAACAUAGUUAUCAACACUAAUAACUGCCUUCAAGCCAGGCUCUCUAAAAACCAUUUAUCAUUAAGAAGGGCGAUAGAAACGAAGGUUUACGCAGCUAUCUUAGAAAAAGUCUAGAUUCUUCAUCCAAUCAUAGGAAGCUGAGUGAUUAAUCAGUAAAUGUGAUCGGAAAUAGCAAUUCAUAGCAAUCUCAGCUUAAUCAGACAUAGCUGAACACAACUACAAAUGUAACCAGCAAUGAUAGCUAGAUCAGACUUACUAAUCAAAUUAGUAAGCCAAAGCGAAAAAGAGACUAUAGCAAAGUGAUAGCAGGCUAAUCUUUCUUGACUAUUCAGUAAUAAUAGCAAAUAGCAUCGUAAUAAAUCAAUCCCUCUUAGAUAGUCUCACUCUCGCCUUAGUUUAAAAACUAGUAGGGUCAUUUAAAGAAAAAUUUGUACUAAGAAUCAUUUCAUUUGAUGAAUGAAUAAAAGCAGAAUUUGAUUGUAAGUCUGAAUCAGGCUAGUAACACAGCAAAUAAUAAUAGUGGGAGCCAGACUGGGGCAAAUAGUAUCAAUAAGACAAGUGCUCACGAGGAUGGUAAUAAUCUGACACAGAUUGAAAAAUUUAACAUGAGUAAGUAGACACAGCCAUCUCAGGAAACUAAUACAGGCAGUAAAACUAAUAGUAGAUCCUAAACUUCACAUAAACUAAAUAGAAGUGGCUAAGUCUUUAAUGGCCCAGGGGUUUCUCUUCUUAAAAGCUAAAAUUAGCCAAUAACAAAUAAAUCCAACAGCAUUGAGGAUAAGAAUAUCACCAUUGAUCACAAUCCAGAGGAGGAAAGUAGAAAACUUAAAUCCAGAUCAGAGGAGCGUCCUAGUUCGCAGUCAAGAUACAAAGCCAAUAACUUUCAUAAUUUAAGAGCCUCUAUCAAUCAAGAAGUCACAACAUAGGCUCCUAUAGAUAGUAAAUAAAAAGUAGACAACUGUGUGAGUAAAUUUGCCUUUGCCACUAAGACAGGGUUUUCUCCGAGUAACCCUUACAAGGUAAACUAGGACUCAUUCCUAGCUAUGCCUCACUUAGGUGAAUAUAGAAGAACUCAUUUUUUCUCGGUUUGUGACGGUCAUGGAGUUUAUGGGAAGGAGGUCAGCGAAUUCAUUAAGCAGUAGCUUGGAAUGAAGGUGGAAGGCGAGAUUAAGAUAAUUUUUGACAAUGCAAAACAGCUACAGAGAGUGGUAGAUUCAAAUGAAGUAAAAGACGCUUUGGCUCUCAGUUUUGCUCAUGUGACUUAAUAGUUAUACACUAACUCAGGAAUUGAAAUAUACUUCAGCGGAUCAACCUGUGUUUCAGUUUUGAUUGUUGGUAAUAAAGUAUUCUGUGCAAAUGUAGGCGACUCAAGAGCUGUCUUGGCCAGAGAUGUAGAUGGGCAUAUAAGCGGUUUCCCUCUGAAUAGAGACCAUAAGGCCAGUGAGCCUGAUGAGGAAAAACGUAUCUUAAACGCUGGUGGGCGAAUUGAAUCUUUCAAAGAUCCCUCUGGUAGAUAACUGGGUCCACUUAGAGUGUGGCAUAUGCAUGAGAACAUUCCAGGACUAGCAAUGUCUAGAUCUUUUGGAGAUCAUGCUGCAGCUGAAGUGGGAGUCAUUGCUGAACCUGAGAUACUCGAAAUGAACCUGAUCGAAGAUGAUAAGUUUAUAGUGAUUGCCAGCGAUGGAGUCUGGGAGUUCCUUUCAAAUGAUGAAGUUGUGAGAAUAAUAUACCCUCAUUAUAAAAAUAACAGUGCCGAGAAAGCAGCUGAAGCUUUAAUUCGAGAGUCACUAAAAAGGUGGAAGUAGGAGGAGAAUGUGGUUGACGACAUCACCUGCAUUAUCAUAUUCUUAAGCAUCUAAUGA